AUUUGGCUUUUAACUACUCUAGUGUGUGUAAUAACAAUUGUUGGUUAAUACAGUAAAGCUGGACUUUAUUUCUUUCGAUGAGUUAUACUACUAUGUUCUCAUUGAAACUUGUCUGGGUACUGUGUAUGCCCCACUGAAUCACUUGCAUCCCAGUAUCUUGUGGAAUCUGCUUGCUAUUUUUAUUUUCAUACAACGUGAUCAGAUUCUUAUCAUUGAAUUUAAUUGGCACAAUGUUUGUUAUACAUUUCUUAUGGAUCAGAUUGUGCUUCCUUAUAUUGUUUUCAUUUUAUUGAAAGAUAAUUGUGUCCACUGUAGUCUUCUAUGAAUAAAGUAAUGUUAUUUUUUAGUGGGGGUACUGUGUUCCAAUCUUAGUAAACUGGUCCCCCAAUUGGGCAUGGGGUUCACAUUUUGUGUGAGAAUUGUUUUAGCCAAUAGUAAGCACUAAGUGCCUUUUUUUUUUUUGUAGAUUUCAUGUACAGUGAGUUUAGAUUCUCUUACUUUUUGUGUGUUUUGAAAAGGUGCUGCAUCAGUGCUGUUUUACUUUUUUCCCUGGUUUCAGAAGGAAGUUCUUGAGAUAAUCUUGAGCUAUGUUGGAAUUAAAUUUAGAAAAGGUUCACGUGAAUUUAGAGAAUAUGGUGAUUAGUGAAAGAACCAUCAAAAUGUUUGUUUUUAGCAUGAAGUCCAAGCAUUUAUGAAAUAUUACAUGGAUGUUCAUGCCCAGUAGCAAAGUGGGGUGCAACCUAGAAGUAAUAUGUUCAAUUAGUAGAAAUAGUCUCACUGUCUCCACAUAUUAAGUGGCGGCAAGUCUGCGUACAUCUUGUUUAUCUCUGCUCCGCCCACUGUAAGAGCUUAGUGGAUGUUGUUUGCCUUUCAGCUAAGUAAAUGGUUUGAAUCUUAAUAGGUUCAAUUUCUAUUGGAGAUUUGGAGUUCAAUGGAUGCAAGGAUGCUCAUAUUAAAUUCUACUUUAUAGGUGCAUCUCAGGAACUAGUUUUUUUUAUUUUUUUUUUAUUUUGUUAAACUAUAAAGAUAAACUAAGUACUAUACUGACCAAUAACCCUUUAUAAUUGGUCCCCAAGAAGUACCUACCUAUGUAUUGAUUUAGUUGUAACUUUUCCAUAUUCCUACCAGUAAUUAUUGACUAGUUUUACUGUGCAGUCUCGUCUCAAAUGACAUGUCCGCAUGGUUGCUAACAUUGUUUUUUCAAAUGUGCGUAUCUCGAAAAUUAUAGUGGGGUUGAAUGUUGCCGUGCGAGAAUAAUUUUCAAUUAUUUUGAAAAGCGGUGUGGUUUGGUGUUAACUGUUAUGGGAAGUUUUAUCUACUUGCUAUUCAUUUACAGUGAACAUUCCUUUCAGCUGUGAGUUAAUGAUGUAGGGAAUAUAAACAUUAAGCGUGUGUCGUGUGGCAUUUCAUUCUUAUUCUUUUUUUCCUUGGAAAUUGUCAUGUGGUGUUUGUGUUAUAUUGAUAUAUUGGGGCACCUAAUUAGACCUUGACUAUAAUUAUACCUCUUAAGUUGUUAAGUUUACUGGCAUGAAACAGCUGAAUCUCGUGAAAAUUUCAGCGUAAAAGCCAUUUCUAUGGUCCAUAAUCAUCUUCCUUGCCUUUUUUUUUUAUCUGCGCAUGCUUGCAUAUAUAUACCAAUACAUUUGUACGAGACUUCUUGGAGCCUCCCAGGUUCAAGCUCACAAGUUAUUGCAUUGUUUUAGACAUUGUUGAAUUGAAUAUUAUUAGGAAAAAUCUGGUAGUGGAACGUAUUGUUAUCAAAUAUUAUUAAAUUUGAGUGGAAAUUUGUUAUGUAGACAUUGUUGAAUUGGGUAAUAAUAGGCAUACUCCAACUACAAUAAAUGGAAAUAAGAAAUAUGAAAGAUUGGUGUUCUAAUCUACGAAUAUAGAUCUGUUCAUUCUUCUAUCAUUGGUUUGAUUCCCCUUGUCUAGGAUAUGGUUGUCUACUGUCUAGUCUCCAUUCUGCCAGGUUCAAGCAUUUGGAGGUUUGAGCAUAAAAUCAAAUUUUUUACUGUUUGAGUCUCUCCCCACAAGCAGAUUCUUCUUAUCCUUUCCUUCUCUCUCUCUCUCUCUCUCACUCUCUCUCUCCCCUUUCUAGUGUGGUGGGUCCACCAUUUCUCUAUCAGAGAGCCAAUUGAAAUAGUUGCAAAGAACAGAGACAUUCUCCAUUAAUGACCUCGAUCUAAGCGUUAAAGUAUAUUGCUUUUCUUCACUUUGGUUCACUUCCACACCAUCAUCAUCAUCGUCGUCGUCGUUGCAAGAUGGAUCCUGUAAAGCCAUCGGCUGUCACUCCUAGAAAGAAUAAAUUGGCGCGCACUUUCUCAAAAGUUCUUCACCUUCGGACUGCAACUGGGGUGUGUCCAGUGGAGGGGGUUCAGAAAGUUACGCUCCACGAGAAGUUCAAGGAAGAAAAGAAUGAACUUAAGAACACAGAUGGUCAGCCUCAGUCAUUUGAUGAAAAUGAUGAGAAGUUUCGGAAGAGAGUGGCCUUUGAAGCUCUCAUUGGCAGAUUGUUUGCCAGCAUUGCCUCUGUUAAAGCAUCGUAUGCUCAGCUACAGUAUGCACAGUGUCCUUAUGAUUCUGAAGGGAUUCAAGCUGCUGACAAAUUGGUAGUUUCUGAGUUGAAGAACCUGUCUGAACUGAAGCAAUUUUACGGGAAAAAAAUGUUUGAUCCUUCACCUGAGAAGACAAUUCUUUUGGCUGAAAUUCAGGAGCAAAAGAGUCUGGCAAAAACCUAUAAGAUUAUGGGGAAAAGAUUGGAAUCUCAAUCGAAACUUAAGGACUCUGAAAUCACUUAUCUCCGAGAGAAACUGGAGGAGUCUAACAAACAGAACAGGUUGCUUGAGAAGAGACUGAAUCAAAGUGGACUGCUGUCUAAGCUUGACAAUCUUCAUCAAUCACGGUUAAGUCCUAGCCACUUUGUUACUGUUCUUCGGCAUGCAACCAAGUCCAUUCGUAGUUUUGUCAGAUUGAUGAUUGAUGAGAUGAAAGCAGCUGAUUGGGAUCUUGAUGCGGCAGCCACGUCCAUACAACCAGGUGUUGUUUACUGGAGACCAGACCACAAAUGUUUUGCAUUUGAAUCAUUCCUUUGCAGCAAAAUGUUUGAUGGUUUUCAUCUACCAGACUUUGGUCUUCAGAAGGAGCCUUCGGCGGAGAAAAAGAACCAGCAGAUGCUUUUCUUCCGGAGAUUCUUGGAAUUGAAAUCCGUAAAAGCGAAGGAAUAUCUCUUCCAAAAGCCUAGCUCAGUAUUUGCGGAAUUUUGUCGUGUCAGGUACAUGCAACUCAUUCACCCCCAAAUGGAGUCAUCAUUUUUUGGCAAUUUGAGUCAAAGAAGCCUGGUGAAGUCUCGUCAGUUCUCGGACUCCACAUUCUUCGUCUCAUUCGCUGAAAUGGCUAAGUGGGUUUAUCUCCUGCAUUGCUUAUCUUUCUCUUUUGAGCCUGAAGGAUCAAUCUUUCAAGUGGGAAAAGGGUGUCGAUUCUCCGAAGUGUGCAUGGAAGUUGUUGCUGAUGAGGUCUUCCUUUCAUCGGAUAGUACUGCAAAACAAUCUGACCCAGGAGUUGCCUUCACAGUCGUUCCUGGAUUCAAGAUUGGUACAAUAAUCAUACAGUCACAGGUCUACCUAGCUCACAUUCAGUGAACCGUUGAUUGCCAAUCAAAUUGGAGAGAAUUGCUUCACCCGUCUGGACCCCUCAACAUCAGCUAAAAUGAAAGGUCAUGUCCUGAUUUUUUGAUGCAUGGUCGGUCACCUGAGCAUUUGCCUUUCUUUUUUUGUUUUUCUUUUUUUGUUAAUUUAUUCUGUGGCCAUUUUGAAAAAGAAAGCGCGUUGUGUUGGAAGCAACUUUUCAAUAACCAUCUUUUUGUUGGUUUUAAAAUAUUAGAUACUUCCACCUGAAUUUUGUUAAUAUUAGGCAAAUGACAGAGGGAUUGUUUAGCUGUUAUGCACCAUUAUAGUACCGUAUUUAUAUGUUUCCAUAUGUACAUAAUAAUAAUAAGAUAUAUAUGAUGCUUAUUGUCUUUAUACGCCUUGGA